AUGAAUAACAAAGUCAGUUUGCCCUAUGAAAUAUGUGAAAUAAAGAAAGUUCCCUUUGAGCUCCCCAAGGAAUUUCACCCGAAUGUGAAAUACGGCUUCCUCAGAAAUUUCCUUUUCGGAAAAUAUACCUUCUACUACCUAUGUCAGUCUUUUAAACAUGUCCUUUCCAUUUUUACGUUGCACACGUGA